UCCGCACCGCCCGACGGUGUAGUCAACAUCAUGCACGAGAUGGAGCUCGUCCAUAUAAUCAGCAUAGACGAAGUAAGACAAGUCAUACGAGUCCUGGUCUACGUUGUUGAACAAUGGGAUGAUCCUACACUUAGUUGGGAUCCAACCAAUUUUUCUGGCCUUCGCUUCACUUGGUUACCAGAGGAUUCAAUAUGGAUUCCAGACAUUAUAGUGUUCAACAUGUUGGUAUUCUUUGUGAAUACAACCCAAUAG